AGACCUUCUGCGGGGGUGCAGGGUGUUUUCUGUGGCUACAAGAACAGACCAAACCGAUUCAGAAUAGAACUAACACCAGGGAGUGGUUUUAGUUGUUUGGUUAAAAAUCAGCCUGGUCAAAGACAGAGUUUGGAUGACAAAUUGUGACAGAACUGAUGUCUUUUCACAUUUAUUCUGUUAUAAAUUACGGAAGCCCCUUUUGGUCAAAGUGGUGGAAAUGCAUUUUUAUAUGAAUGGCUCUUUUUCCAUUGUUUUGAUUUUUUAUUUAAAAAAACAAGGUUUAAGCACAUGGUUGACAAAAAAUAGUAAAACAUUAUAGACCUUAUGUAUUAGACCACUAAAUGUAAAAUGAAAAAAAAAAACCCCACACGUGCAUCAAUAAGAAAUGCAUGCUUUUAUGUUGUUUAGAAAGUGAAGCGUUUUGAAUAACACAGUUUAUUCUGUUCAUACUGUCUGUAGUUUUGCAGUAAAUUACCUCGUACACUGACAGUAUGACUGAGGAAACCUGCAGUUGUGGAGCAGCGUUAUGCAAUCAGCAGCUUACACAUUUUAUCCAGGCAAGUUACAUGUUUGGCCAGAGGGAGGCGCGAUGCGCCGUUCACCCUUCAUUUAAAUGGAACAAUUAAUGAAGGAAGUCACCUAAGCUUGUUUGCAGAGUGGCCACAGCAGGGAGGCAGACACUGACCGGUAGCAGGCAGCAGGAGGAGCAGUGUUUUUAUGGGUUAUCUCCCUGGAGUCAUUGCAACUUCACAGCCCUGACAUAAAUCCGCACAGGACGAAGCUACUGCUUACAUGCUGCUGCUGCACAGCGUGUGUGAUUUAAACUGACAGUGCUGCCUGUGAUUCUACAGGCUCGUUGUACGACUAACACCCCCUUCUUCAUCUUCAUCAUCACCAUCACACCGCGCGUCUCCUUCUUGGCGCACUUAGGUGAUCAUCAUCACUGGAGCGAGAGCCACAACUGUGUGUGUGACAUUCAUCCACUAUACCAGAGUGAGCUCAGGCUGGCUGGCUGCUGCACAGGCACCAUGGAGCAGAAAUCACCCAAAGAGGAGAGCACCACCACCAGGGGACAGGAGUCCUACCAACGGAGGAUGUGGAAGAAUUUCCAGGAAAGGACCAAGCCGUGGCUCAGUCCUAAACUCGGAUCAGAGCGUCGCGGCGCCGGGGGCGCAGAGGGCAGUAAAAAGGAAUCAGGACUAUGGAUGUUUAAAAGGAAAAAGAAACAGUUGGAUAGAGUGUUUUCGUCGUCACAACCGAAUCUGUGCUCCACGCCGGCCCGGUUUGAAGGUGACAAGAAGUCGGAUGCAGUUCCGGGAACAAGCAGAGAUGGACAGCCUCUGCUCCAGAGCCUUAGCGCUGCCUCCGGGACCUCGGGGAGCAAACCCGAGCUGACGGCGCACGGGAGCCCCAAACUGCCGAUGUCCCAGCUGAUCACGUACCAGCACAAGAGCUCCUCUCUCGGCUCGGCGUGCUUUGAGAAACUGGUGGUGGAACCGGCCGCUGUAGUGAUGGGGGAGGAGGAUCAGCUGCGUAAAAACGCGAGUGAUUCUGGCAUCAGCAUAGUGGGUCCCAGUAAUGCGGAGCCCCCACCUCGUCCUCCAAGUCCUGCCAUGUAUCAGCUGGACAUUGUCCUUAAGAAAGGGAACAACCUGGCCAUUCGAGAUCGAACAGGGACCAGUGACCCAUAUGUGAAGUUUAAGAUCGCAGGGAAGGAGGUGUUCAGAAGUAAAACCAUCCACAAAAACCUCAACCCAGUGUGGGACGAGAGAGUAACUCUACAUGUGGAGACGCUAAGGGAACCUCUUUAUGUUAAGGUUUUUGACUAUGACUUUGGGCUCCAGGAUGACUUUAUGGGCUCUGCUUACCUCUACCUGGAGUCAUUGGAACAUCAGAGGACACUGGACGUGACUCUGGACCUGAAGGACCCACAGUACCCUGAACACAACUUGGGCACACUGGAGCUGGCUGUUACUUUAUCACCAAAGGAGGGAGACUUCAGAGAUAUUACUAUGUCUUUGAGAAGGAACUGGAAACGAUCUAGUAAGAAUCAGAGUAUGCGUCUGUCGGAUGUGCACAGAAAAGCCCAGCUGUGGCGUGGUAUUGUCAGCAUCAGUCUGAUAGAAGGGCGUGGGAUGCAGCCCAUGGAUGCCAAUGGGCUCAGUGACCCGUAUGUGAAAUUCAGAAUGGGACACCAGAAAUACAAGAGCAAGACCAUGCCUAAAACACUGAACCCUCAGUGGAGGGAGCAGUUUGAUUUCCACAUGUAUGAGGAGCAAGGAGGCUAUGUGGACAUCACCGUCUGGGACAAAGAUGCGGGCAAGAAAGAUGACUUCAUGGGAAGGUGUACAAUUGACCUGUCGCUGCUCAGUAAAGAACAAACACACAAGCUGGAGCUGCCACUGGAGGAGGGCGAGGGUCUGCUGGUGCUGCUGGUGGCCCUCACGGCCUCUGCUGCUGUUUCCAUAUCUGACCUGUCAAUUAACAUGUUGGACGACCCUCACGAGAGACACCAGAUAAUGCAGAGAUAUAGCCUGUGGAGGUCGUUUCACAAUUUGAAAGAUGUCGGCGUGGUGCAGGUAAAGGUCAUCAGAGCUGAGGGACUGAUGGCGGCAGAUGUCACAGGUGAGAGUGACCCCUUCUGUGUGGUGGAGCUGAGCAACGAUCGGCUGCAAACUCACACUGUCUACAAAAACCUCAACCCAGAAUGGAACAAGGUCUUCACUUUUAAUGUGAAGGACAUCCACUCGGUACUGGAGGUCACUGUUUACGACGAGGACAGAGACAGAAGUGCAGAUUUCCUGGGAAAAGUAGCUAUUCCUCUACUAAAUAUCCAAAAUGGAGAACGCAAAGCCUACGCCUUGAAAAGCAAGGAGCUGACAGGGCCAACAAAGGGGGUCAUCUUUCUCGAAAUAGACGUGGUUUUUAAUGCUGUGAAGGCUGGUCUAAGGACGUUGAUUCCCGUGGAGCAGAAGUACAUUGAGGAGGAGCCCAAAGUGUCCAAACAGCUUCUGUUGCGUAAUUUUAACAGAGUUAGACGCUGCAUCAUGUUCCUCAUCAACACUGGCUGCUACAUCAACAGCUGCUUCGAAUGGGACUCUCCCCAGAGGAGCAUCUGUGCUUUUGUGCUUUUUGUAUUUGUGGUUUGGAACUUUGAACUCUAUAUGAUCCCCCUGGCUUUGCUGCUGCCUUUGGUCUGGAACUACAUUCUCAUCGCAUCGGGGAAGGAUACGAGGCAAGAUGUGCAAGCAGUGGAGGACCUGCUACAGGAUGAGGAUGAGGAAUUUGACAAAGAUGACAAGGACCCUAAACCAGGCCCCUGGGAGGACACCUGUGAUAAAAACCAUAUCCUCGAGGAUAUGUUGGCUUCAUGGCACUUUGAGUGGAUACGAACCAUGGUGGACUCGGAGAGAAAGGGCUUCAUGAACAAGCUCUAUGCCAUCCAGGACGUGUGCAUCAGCGUGCAAAAUGCACUGGAUGAAGUGGCCUCCUAUGGCGAGAGGAUAAAGAACACAUUUAACUGGACUGUGCCUUUUCUAAGCUGGCUGGCUAUUUUGGCUCUCGGAGUGGCCACCACUAUCAUCUACUUCAUCCCUCUACGAUACAUUGUAUUAGCCUGGGGUGUGAAUAAAUUCACCAAAAAGCUGAGAGACCCCUACACCAUCGAUAACAAUGAGCUGCUAGACUUUCUGUCCAGAGUGCCCUCAGAUGUACAAGUGGUGCGUAAACUUCUGACUUUAUCUUUGCCAUGUUUUUAUCUAUUUUGACAUCACAUUUGCUGGUUCCAGACGAGGACAUUGGUUAGGAGUGUCUUUUUAGAAUCAUUUCAUCUCUCUUUUUCUUACCCUUCCCCUUCUUUUGUCUACUCAGCGGUUGGUUCUGUUCAGCUCGUUAUUUGUUUUUAUCUGUUUAUAAACAAUUGUAUGCAAUGAAAUCCAAAAUGUCGCAUCCACAUAUCCCUUCUGCUUCCAAUUCAUUUUCCAUGUGUGAACUGUGUAAUAUAAUAAGGUUAAGUGAGUUAACUGCCUGGCAUAUAUUUAGGCUAAUUGUGUGUGUACACACACACAUAGGCUGGUUGGCUGGUUGGCUGGUGCUGGUAAUUUAAACAGAGUGUAAACCAACAUUUAACCAGCCCCAUGGGGUUUUGCUUUUACUCUAACUAUAAGAACCGAUUAACUGUCUGAAGACUACAAGUGCUGAUUGAAAAUAUGUGCGUGUGUCUGUGUGUGCAUAUGUGUGUGAUGUGACGUGCUGCGCUGAUCAGGACAAAGUGCAGUUUAAACUGCAAUUAAGCAGCAGCUUGUGAAAGUCAUAGUGUUAUCCAGCACUGAUGGUGUUCGCUGUCACCACGAGCCCUGCUGUGCUCACACCAAUCUCAGAACGCACAUACACACACAGGCAGACUGGAGCUGUACGACCCAGGGCCACAUCAGUGUUAACACACUUUCUCUUUGAUCGCUCGAUGCCUGCAACUUCUUUCAUCUUUACAGGGUCAUAAUCCUUGCUCCUCUACACACCACUGCCAGCUCCUCAUGUUUUACCCCCCUCGUUCUGCCCCAUGCAGUUUUUACAGUUUCAGGGUCCUGUUGGAGCAGUAGGCACAAGGCAGGUAGCCACUGGCUUAAAUGAGCCCAAGCUGUCCCCUCUGGUAGAGUGCAGCCACCUUACACACCUGGAGCCUGGAGGAACAGAGUGCUGCAGAGGCCCAGGCCCGGCAGGUACCAGGUCUUUACAAGGCCCCUAAUGAGGGCCUGCUGGCGAGGGGAAGUGGGGGCAGACAUGCUGCUCUGUUCUGGUGCCCAUUCAGUUGGAGUAGUGCCUACUGUAUAAGUAAGACUUUAAGUGCUACUGUAACAGUUAUUGCUGCAGCUGGUGGAAUGGUAAUUGUUGGCAGGUUUUACUGACAGUUUGGGGGCUUGCUGAGGAGUGUGGGUGACAGACCAGGGGAGAGGGUUAAGAAUAGGCAUUUGUCAGGAAAGGCAAAGAUUGAAACAUGAGAAACAGGGUGUAAAAAUGAGGAGAAAAAAAGUGUAAGUUGAGUUGAUUGAUUGAUUGGAGAUGGCUAUUAAUGGCAGGGUAGACUUAUUUGUGUCAAUAAAAUAAUCAAAAUGUAGAUGUAGUGCUAGGGAAGCUGAAAAAGGCUGUGCUAAUCAUCGUCUCAUUAAGUCUCAGGGUUAGUUUUUUUAUUCUGCUGUCAUCUGCUAAAAACAGACCACAACCUUCUGAUCUACACUGCGUCCUGUCACUGCUUCCGGUGGUGGGUUCACUUCAUUGCCUGCCCUGCAUUGCUGGGUCAAAGCUGUCUACGGGGAUUAAGCCCCUGAAGCUCUGGGACAUUGCAGACGGGUGUUGGGGUCCAAAUGGAGCAUCCCCUGAAGGGCAUGUGUCCACGGCACCCACUGGCAUUAUUGCAGGGCCCUGACUGUGGCUGACACCAUAGUUGACUAAUGAAGUGCUAUUUCAGGGCACAGGUGUGACCCAACAUACACUGCAGCACACACACGCACACACUCUCCCAGCUCUGGUGCACAUUAGGCCGUUUGGGGGUGUGUCAGCGUAGUGUUCCGCAUCAUUUGUAGGUGCUGCAGUGGAACUAGGUCUGAUGAGGUUCUAAUGACUUUAUAUACAAAGGGCAACCGUACUGUACUACAGUCCAUCACCACAUGCAGUAUGAACCUGUACAUAGACCUGGUUUUUCAUCAUUCAGUGCUGUUUUUAAAAUCAAGUUACACAAAAAGAAUGUACAUUAUGCAGCUUUAGUAUUUAUUUCUUAUAAUUAAUACUUCUCACUUGAUAACAGAAAAUCAUUUUCCCGUCACAAAUACUUAACAUGGCCAAGUUUAUUAUUAUUGGUUGUUUUCCUGUAGAACAGGGGUAACCAUAUAUAUUUGUCAAAGGGCCAACAUUGUUUUGGACACUUUGAUGGCCAGAGACUCAAAUAAAAUGAAAUAAAAAUCAUGUUGACAUCUGACAUUAUUAAUUGAUGUUUAUUUUAGAAACCAUAUUUUAGUCCCCAUGGACUAUGUUGUUUGCAGAUGACAUUGUGAUCUGUAGUGAGAGUAGGCAGUAGCUAGAAGAG